UCGUGAGAGUCGCCCUGAACUAGCAGUUGUGCAAAUUCCCUGAUCUUUUAAUAAUCUGGAUAUAUUUUGGUCAGUUUAUGUAAAUCAAAAUGAUUUGAAGAUCGAAUAAUCUGCCCAGCGCCCGGCUCAGGUCCUCUCGUCAACCAGCACUGUCUUGUAAUGUUUACUUCUUUAGUGCUUCGGCGUGUCCUCUCGAGCGCUUGUAUAGCGGACUGGUGUAGUGUCUGUUAGCUAAAUUAUUUUACACAAACAGUUCAUAGGUUGGGUAGCUUUAUUCACACGAAGGAUAUCCAUCGUGCACAAUCGAUGUAAAUACUCGAUGUGAAUACACCCAGGUAGUUGCAGCCAUAGUCGAGAACGAAGUGCGAGCAAGAUCCUCGUUCAUGAUGGCGAUGUUUCGCAGUUUUGUGUCGGCUACUCAUCAGCUCAGGCAGCAUCAACAAAACGGGGCAGCCGCGGCUGCCACUGGCGAGAGCCUCGAGAGCCAGUUCUCCUGCCCAAUUUGCCUGGAGGUGUAUCAUAAACCUGUCACCAUUGGAAGAUGUGCCCACACGUUCUGUGGGGAGUGUCUGCAGCCUUGUCUCCAGGUCACCUCUCCCCUCUGCCCUCUGUGCCGCAUGCCUUUUGACCCAAAGAAGGUGGACAAGUCCUCCAGUGUGGAGAAACAGCUGUCCAACUACAAGGCCCCCUGUCGGGGCUGCAGCAAGAAGGUGUCUCUGGUCAAAAUGAGGUCACACAUCUCCUCUUGCGCAAAGGUCCAGGAACAGAUGGCCAACUGCCCAAAGUUUGUGCCUGUGGUCCCCACUUCACAGCCCAUUCCCAGCAAUGUUCCAAACCGUUCCACUUUUUCAUGCCCGUUCUGUGGAGCCCGCAAUCUGGACCAACAGGAGCUGGUCAAACACUGUAUGGAGAACCACCGCAACGAUCCCAACAAAGUGGUGUGUCCUGUAUGUUCAGCCAUGCCCUGGGGGGACCCCAGCUACAAGAGCUCCAACUUCCUCCAGCACCUGCUCCACCGGCACAAGUUCUCCUACGACACGUUUGUGGACUACAGCAUUGACGAGGAGUCAUCACUGCAGGCAGCCAUGGCCCUGUCCUGUCAAAUCAAAUGUUAAAGUGAGUGACUGUCUGACUCUGUGUUUACAGGACUACAGUAUCGAUGAAGAGGCGGCACUACAGGCAGCCCUGGCUCUCUCCAUGGCAGAGAACUGAGAGUCCCCCAUUCUGCUGUCUGGGGACGCACUUCCAUCCUGACACCCCACUAGCUCUCUUUCUUUCUCUGGAUCCACCCCAUAUCCAGCCCCCUCACAGGGAGAGUUUGGAAGGACUUGGCCCUGGUCUAGACUCCCACUCUGGGAGAGCUACAGAGAGAUUAUCUCCUAACCCUGUCCCUGAUCCUCUGCCUGGCCCUUCAUCCACUCUGCUCACCUGCUUAACUCGUCCCAUUACAUCAUACUCUCAGCCGGCAGCAGCCCCUUCACUUCCUGUAUAAUGGGGAGGAGGGGAGCUUGGCCUCCAAUAAAUGUUGCAAUUCAAAACCACUGCAAUGCAAAACAAUGAGGGCAGCAUGGACAUUGUUGUUAUUCUGCAGAAAGUAUGAAGGUUCCCAAAAGUAAUAAUUCAAGGUAUUUUCUUUUACUCUUUAUUUUUCACUGUUCAAAUGAAACGUUUUCAAACUCCAGGAUGAGUCGCAUGACAGACGUUCUUGUAAAAGUACCACAGAUUAGUUCUGUUAAAGUUUAUUCUCAAGUGCAUAGUUUGAUGGCUUUUUGAUUGAGGGACUACAGUUGAAUGGCUUGACCUCAUUCUCAGUGUGAUAAUCUUACCGCUGGGUGACAGUCUAGACAUGACCAGUUAAACACAGAGAGAGGACAUUCUUGCAUCCCCAUCACGACAACACACUAACAUUUGCAACGCGAAUCAAAACAAACUCUCAAACUAUCCCCUUUUGUAUUCAGAGUUCGUGUGAAUACUUGCACUUGUCACAUUUUUCUACAUGAUUGUUCUUAUUUCACAGUUGAGAAACAGAAUUGUAGUACUCCAUUCAUUCUUCACUCUGCUGAUAUUUUUAUGAAGCACCAGACAAGAUAAAAAUAUAUUUUUGGAAAAUGUCCCAGUUUCAAAUGGUGUACUAAUAAUAAGAAACGUGUUUAUUGGAGAUGUGUUCGUUGUUUUACCACCUUUUUCUAAGUACCCGUUGGUACUGUACUGCUGGCAUCAAACAGUUGUUAGCAGGAGCUUAGAGCUCAUGUGUAAUACGCUCUCAAACACAAGAGGGCGCCCCGGUCUCAAAAUAGACCUGGCAAUAGUCAUUCAAAGCCAUGUUCUUCAGUCAGUGUUACUCCAAGUCAUCAUGUUUAUACCCAUUCACAGUAUUGUGAAGAAUGUCCAUGUGUUUUCUAAAUAUAUGACCCGUUUGGUUUAGUGCCCAGUAGGAAAAGUGCAAUAUUAUGACGUGAGUACUGUUGGAUAAGUCUAUCCUUGUGGUUGAGUUGGUUGCUGCCCCAUAAGAGUCCAGUUUUAUGUUAAUUAUUGUCUUGAACACCAAUGUUGGUCUGAUAGUAAAAUGCAAAUGUCAAAGUGUACAUUGCUACACUGUACAGAAUCUGCAAUAUUCCUAGGCCAUUUACCUUUCAGGUUCCACACUGCUCCAAUCUCAGUGGGGUCUCCCCAAAACCCAUUAGUCAUCAGAGCUGUGAAAAACAGAUUAACAGGCCUGGAAUGUGUAUGGUAUAUUCAAUCAUUAUGUUCCAAUGGUUUGUUAAAGACAUCCACUUUCUGAUAACGCAGUAAUUAUUCAAGUUGGAUUUAAACAGAACAGCUGCAUAUUCAAUUUUAUGAGAUCAAUUUCUCUAAAGGCACUUUGCUUCAAAGGGAUAAAAUUAUAAAAGUACGUUUCCCCAAAGUAGAUGUCCAAUUAUAAGCCAUGUUUGAGUAGUAGUGUACCCUUUGAGCUAGCAUUGAUCUAUGGAGAUUUAAGAGAAUGUUUUGGUUUACUCUGAUGAAGGAUGCCUUGUGGGAAACUGGUUAGAUUGUUCUUAUAUAGCAAGCAAUGGAGGAAGAUAUUAUGUAUUGUGAUUAGUUGUUACUAGACUGACUAGUAAAAGUAUAAUGGUCUGUCCAUUUGUGAUUUACCUUGUUUCUGAGGAGAAUUGUACAUACGGUAGAGAAUGCAAUGUUUAGGUCUAACUUAUCUUUUUCACAGAGCAAUGCAUUGAAAUAUUGCACUUUAAUUCAGAAAUAUAUUUUGAAGGGUAGGAAUUGUCUUUAUUUUACUUUAAUUCGUUCCAAUGUGUCCAUUUCAUGAUGGAUGAUAAUGUAAGUUGUGGCUGUUUUUGUGUAAGAGCAGAAGGAAGGUUAUCUCAGUCAUAACAUGUUUGAGUACAGGAAUGGUACAACACGUAUUUCUGUUGUCGUUCAUAUUUUAUAGAUGGGUAUAGAUUGCAAAAUCAACUGAGAAAACCAUCCCAGAUGCCCAAUAGUGUGGCAAACAAAAAUGGGCUCUCGGCUUAGUCAAAGUGUUCUUGGAGAUAAUACAUCCUUAUAUUUGAUAGACAUAUUUUCAGUGUUUAAAUGUAAUGUACUGGUUGGUGGCACAGUCUUGACAGGGGUAGCCAUUAGAGAAAAACUGUGGUCACCAUGAGAAGUCCUGAGUUUCUUCUGGGGUACCAAGGAAUUGUCACGCAUCUUCAAUUCAAUCAUUUACUCAGCCUUUUUUACUACCUAAUAAUGAUGCUAUUUUAUAAAUAAAAGGUAUUGUAUGUUUAGAUCAGUGUUCAUGUGCACAGCUGUAGCCCAAUGUAGAUUUUGUAUGGAGUAUAGCUUAAAUGUAUACUUCUCACUCUGUGUAUUGUUGCAUCCAUGCAUAAUGCCACUGUACUGUGCAUCAUCAUCCCAGAUGUCCUGCUUGUGGUCAAAACCAGCCCAAUCUCUGUAAAAUAAACACAAUGUUGCAGGCCACACACUGAUAGACCAUCUGCAACAAAGACGCACCAAAAAAAGGACAGUGAAAAGGAAUCUAUUUGUAUGAACUUUGUUGGGUCAUUUUUCUCAAGAGGGCCUUACUGAGACUGUCUGUUCUGAACUUGGUAAGGCUGACAGGAAAUAGACUGCCAUAUAGACUGGUAUCACAGCAAUCAGAGAAGACAGAGCCUGUGUCUCUGACUGUGUACCCCAGGACUUGGCUGCCCUGGGAGUGUAUGUAAUGUCACUCAGUAUAGACACAGGCUGAUGUUGUCCUCCCCAGGGGGACUGAGCUGCAGUCACUUGAGCCAGAUCGUUUCCUUCAGGGCCACUGUGCCCUAGAGACCCACCCUGGGGUUUUGGCGCUACUGUCAGGGCCUGUGUGUGUUAAAUGUGAUUUAUGCAUUCUUGAAAAAUAGUAAUAAUACCAGUAAUAACAAUGUGGAUAUUCAAGUUAUAACACUGUUUGAAGUUUAAUAAGAUAUUGUAUUUGUAGCAGAUUUUUUCCCCCAAUAAAAACACUGACCCAUCCCA